CCCUCCCGGCCCAGCGCUCCUUACAGCCCCCGCCGCUCGCGGCACAGCAGGGCUCAGCGGUGAGUCACGAUUGGCCAGUGAGGAAUGACGGAAUAUAAACUGGUCGUGGUCGGAGCUGGUGGUGUGGGAAAAAGUGCCUUAACUAUCCAGCUGAUUCAGAACCACUUUGUGGAUGAAUAUGAUCCUACAAUUGAGGAUUCCUACAGGAAGCAAGUUGUAAUUGAUGGUGAAACAUGUUUGUUAGACAUUCUGGACACAGCUGGUCAAGAGGAGUAUAGUGCUAUGAGAGAUCAGUACAUGAGAACUGGAGAGGGAUUCCUCUGUGUGUUUGCCAUAAAUAAUAGCAAAUCCUUUGCAGAUAUUCACUUAUACAGGGAACAGAUAAAAAGAGUAAAAGAUUCUGAAGAUGUACCCAUGGUCCUUGUAGGGAACAAAUGUGAUUUACCUGCCCGAACGGUGGACACAAAACAGGCACAGGAACUGGCUAGGAGUUAUGGGAUCCCUUUCAUAGAAACCUCAGCCAAAACGAGGCAGGGUGUUGAAGAUGCAUUUUACACACUGGUACGAGAGAUCCGGCAGUACAGAACGAUAAAACUCAACAGUCAAGAUGAUAGAAACCAAGGCUGCUUGGGACUAAAAUGCAUAAUAAUGUAAUUAGGUUGCUGAGGAUACCUGCUGUACAGUCAUCUAUGAAAUAUGUAAAAAAAAAAGAGCAAAGACAAGAAAACUCAUGAGUCCAAAACGUUCAAUGUGAAACUGCAGAUCUACUUCCUCUGUUUUCCUCUACACAUGCACAGCACGUAGAAUAGGUUUGCUAGGUACAGUUGCACUCCUUACAUUUUUUUUUCAAUGGAUCACACAAAAUAUACUGGAUUUUAUUUUUCUAGCACACUACCCUUAUCGUGCAGAAGUGGCAGAUGAUCAAAUUCUAGCAUAUUCCUCUGAUAAAUCCACAAGUUUCUUUUGUUUAAAAAAAAGUGCCUCUUUUGCAGCGCAAGUUCUAGCUCUAGCCUUAGUUAUAAGACUUGGCUACUCCUGUCUGACUCCAAAUAUGUAACGGAUUUCUUCAUUCCUUUGGUCUUGAGAGCUGAAGAUAUUCCCUGACACCUUCUCUCCUCCAGUAAAGUUUCUCUUUUCUAGUUGACACCUGGCCAGUUCCCUUGUCACAUGUGCACAGACAAAACCUCUCAGGAGGGAUAAUAUUGAAACUAGUGAAAGGUGCUUUUUUGUGAUGUCAGCAAAUCCAAAUCCUGGUGAAAUGUAUCCCCCAAUCACCUAUUAUAGAUUGAUGAGUAUGAAACUUAAUUUUUUUAAUUACAUUUUAAUUUGGAUUUUUGAUUGAAAAUACUGUGGUUGUACUAUGCACACUAUGAAAGGGCUAUUAAUCACUUGAUGAUAAAUUAUUGCAAUGAUCUGAAUUUGAUGAUUAUGGCCAGACUAUUGGUUAUAGUUGGUGCCUGACUUUCUGGACAUUUUAUACCUACUGGUACAAAUCUGUUGUAGGCACUCAAAUAACUAAGUGCCAGGUGAGAUAUUAAAAGUGUAAUAGGCCAUGAGAUUGGCACCAAAUUAACAACUUCUCUCCAAGGCCAUGAAUAGAAAGUGUCACUCUUGAUGGGUGCUCUACACAAACCUGACCUGUGUGCCUUACCUAACUUGGGAGUGCUUUAUCAACUUUUGUAGUUUUCCAACGCAGUCACUUUGCUGAGUGAGCAGCAAUAAGAGUGCAUAUUGUUGUGACUUUUCAAGCUUUCAUAGGUGGCUGUGGGCAACCUUGGAAGAUUUGAUGGCCAAUAUUUACAGCUGAGGAAAGCUUUAAGACCUGAUGUUCUGUAUAUAGAUCUUGCAUUCCCUUUUUGCCUCACUGCUAACUAGAACCAAUUCUUAACCAACAGGUAACAUGUUAGGUUCAGGAUAUAAUUUCUAAACUGGCAUAUAUUGGCUUGUGGUACCAGGGCUUAAAACAACUUUCAGAUCUUGGUUAGGAGAUCUGAUACACUUAACAGUUGUGGUUUUAAAGAUUGUACAGAUUAGGCAAGAUCUUGCAGAACUAUGAGCACAUUAAGCUGACAAGGUGCAUCACAUCUCCACAAGCUGCUGCAAUGCUCUCAUAGCGAUUGACCAGACUGAAGCUGAAAUCUGCAACAAACAUUGGACAAGUGUUUCUAGGAACAUAUUUCAGCACAUUGUGCUGGGGUGAAGAACUCUUGUUCUCUAAUAUUGGAUGAGCAGUUGUGAUCACUGUGCUAUAUUGUACAGUCACCAUCUUAAAAUGAUGAACUUGAGCCUUUUUAAAAAGGGAAAAUGUUAUAAAAUGCCAUGAUCAUUGUUUAUAAUAUGCUUCGACUUCUGUUGUAUGCUAGUGUCAGUGUUACCAAUGCAUGCCUAUAUACUUCAUUAUGGCAGCUGAUGUUCUGAGAUAUCCCUGGAAAGUACUGUAUUGCUGAAGAUGCUGUUGGUGUUAAGUAAACUGCAGUCUUUUUGGCUGCUUCAGACGCCGAUGUUGUAUUGUGCAGGAUUGAGGGCCCACCAGUCCCACAGCACAUGGUUACUCUCGGCAUUAUCUGGUGAUUAUGAUAAAAUAGCAAAAAAAACAACCUUGACUUUCAUCCUCACAGGUAUUGACAACCACUGUAUUUGCCUUCAAAAUUGUCUUGGUUUUAUUACCUAAAAGGUUUAUCUCAGAUGUUGCUUUGCUCAGGUGUGCUAUAUAAUGAUCAUCACAUCUUUACUUUGGUCUUAAUUGUCUUGUUUUCUGUCUCCCCUCCCCCCCCAUCCCAAGUCUUAAUAUAGGGUUUAAAAGAGAAUGUUUGACUUGUUGGUAUCUGCUCUUGUUUUUGAAUGUAAAUACAGUGCCUGUUUGAUACUUUUGAUCUAGCACUGCUACAACUUUCUAAUCUAUGUACAUUAACAUCAUCAUUAGUUCCUAGUGGAUAAAUGUGUAAACUAGUCCCCGUUUAUAAAUAAAUCUCUCCAAGAAACUUCAAAGAAUGGAAGCAGUUUUCCCCAUGGAUCAUCACUUCCAAGCACAAGAGGCAUUGAAGCUGCUGCUGUGUUUCCUACCCUGAGAACUUGUCCAGUUGACUCGAAAGCCAUGAGGAUGGGGUGGAAAUCUCCUUAGCUGUUUGAGUGGGUCUCAGCAGUAAAAGUAGAAAUGAAGCCAUAGAAUUUUGAGGCAGGUGUGUAACUUGCUACAUUACGAGGCUGACUGACCACACUGAACGUUGAAGCUUCCUAAAAUUCCCGCUUUUAUUUGUGAUGGUGUGAUUCAAUUUGCCCCCGGAUAUCCACACAGCUCACAAGCAGCACCUGGUGGUAGAUAAUGACCACGACCACAGUCAAGUGCUGAAUUGUCAGAGCAAUAUUUUGUCCCUCUAACUUGAACCAACAUAAGUGUAUAGCAAAUCUUUAAAGAUAGUAUCAAUUGUGCUAUGUGUAAUAUAACUCCUGGCAUCAGUGAAUCAGACAUUGCCUUUUAAAAUAUGUAGCUUUAUUUGAAAAUUACUCUGAUUUUUUUUGUAAACAUAUUAGAGUGAUGUAAUGGUAUGCAGUGGUGUGGCUGAUUGUAUUUAAUGUUGUGUUUCCAGUCUUGUUUAGUGGUCCAAGUCAAUCAAUCUCUGCAAAAAUUACCUUUUCUUUUAUGUAAUUAAAAUAUUAGUAUAUGUACA